AUGGAGGAGAAAGACAAAAAGAAACACCGCAAGAAAAACAGCGGCCCGAAAGCAAACAAGAAGAAGAAUCGUCAGCAGGCAGAAGCCGGAGUCGGUGCAGAGGAAGAUGCCAGAAAAAGGAACCCGAAAGCGUUUGCAGUACAAUCUGCUGUGCGCAUGGCCAGGAACUUCCAUAGGACACAGGAUCUCAAGACCAAAAAGCAUCACAUCCCAGUUGUGGAUCGAACGCCCUUAGAGCCUCCUCCUGUGGUUGUUGUAGUUGUUGGACCCCCAAAAGUUGGAAAGAGUACCCUAAUCCGAUGUCUAAUUAAAAACUUUACCAAGCAGAAGCUGACUGAAAUCCGUGGACCUGUGACCAUUGUUUCUGGGAAAAAACGUCGCCUUACCAUCAUAGAAUGUGGCUGUGACAUAAAUACCAUGAUAGAUCUGGCUAAAGUUGCAGAUCUGGUCUUGAUGCUCAUAGAUGCUAGUUUUGGAUUUGAGAUGGAGACCUUUGAGUUCCUGAACAUUUGCCAGGUCCAUGGUUUUCCAAAAAUAAUGGGGGUUCUAACCCACCUGGACACCUUUAAGAACAACAAGCAAUUGCGCAAGGUCAAGAAAAGGCUGAAGCAUAGGUUCUGGACUGAAGUGUAUCAGGGUGCCAAGCUUUUCUAUCUUUCUGGCAUGGUGUAUUCAGAGUACCAAAAACAAGAAAUACGUAAUCUGGGACGAUUUAUAUCUGUCAUGAAGUUUCGCCCACUGACUUGGCAGACAUCUCAUCCUUAUGUUCUAGCAGACAGGAUGGAAGAUUUAACUAAUACAGAAGAUAUCAGAGUUAAUCCUAAGUGUGACCGCAAAGUUUCUCUGUAUGGUUACCUGCGUGGGGCGUAUUUAAAGAAUAAGGGCCAAGUUCACCUACCAGGUGUUGGGGAUUUUGCCCUUUCAGAUGUGAGCUUUUUGCCUGAUCCAUGUCCACUCCCAGACAAAAUGAAGAAGCGUUCACUAAAUGAAAAGGAGAAAAUGAUCUAUGCUCCUCUCUCAGGCGUCGGUGGGGUGGUCUAUGAUAAAGAUGCUGUUUACAUAGACCUAGGACCACAUCAUAUUCAACAGGAGCAGCAGCGAGCUGCAAAGCCCUCACAUGAACUGGUUCAGAGCCUGAUUUCUACCAAUGUCACUAUCGACUCCAAGAUGUCUACCAGUAAAGUGUCCUUAUUCACGGACUCCAAACCACUGGGCAUUGAGGAUGUUGAAAAAAAGGACUUUGUAAUGCCCAUCGAAGAGCGAGUGAUGGAUGUUAAAACAGGGCGAAUUCGUCGCAAAGCAAUAUUCCAAGAUGACCAGAAUGGGGAAACUGGAGUAGAUGAUGACGAAGAUGAUGAGGAGGGGGAAGAAGUCGAGGAUGAUGAUGAUGAUGAUGGUGAAGAGGAUAAUGAAACAUCAGAUGAGGAGGAGGAGGAUGAUGAGAAAUUUGAAGGGCAGCAGCCCACUCCAAGGGCGGUUAAACGCAUGAAACUGGAUGAUAAAAAGGAACCUUCUUCAUUUGAAAUGCCUGCCUUUGCCGACAGUGAUGAUGAUCUAGAACACAGCGAUGAUGAAAAAAGUGGUAUGGUAAAAGAAGAUGAAGAGGAGGAUGAUGAAGAAUCAUUUAGUGAUGAGGAAAUACACGUGAAGAAAAAGACCAGUUUAAAAAAACAAAUGCGAACAAGAAACAGUAAUAGGAAAACACCUGUAUUGGACAGUGGGAACUGCACUGGGGAGGAUGGUAUGUCAUCCGACUCUGAUACACCAGAAGACAUGGAGCCUGAGGGUGAAGACUCUGAAGAGAAGGGAGAAGAGUUACAGGAGACUUCUGAUGAAGAGGAGGAUGAUGACGAUGAAGAGGACCUACUGAAAGAUGAGGAUGUCUUAACUGAAGAUCACAAUGCUUCUGAAGACACAGUUGGUGCUUUAAAGUGGAAAGAAGACCUGAAGAAAAAGGCUGCUGAAGUUUUCAUUCGCCAUCAACAGUCUGUUCCCAAUCUCCGGAAAUUUGUUUAUGGAACAGUGGCUAAUGAGGAAGAUGAGGCUGAUGAUAAAGGAGAACUAGGUGGACUGUUCCAUGUCAGUCGUCCAGAGAAGGAAUCUAAAAGAGCAGCUAAUGCCCUGGACUGCUCCAAAUUUGUGGUUGAGAGCCCUCAAGACUGGGAUGCUGAAGAGGUCAUGGACUGCAUCCUUGACUGUUUUGUAACUGGCAAAUGGGAGGCAGAUAAAGAUGCAGAAAAAUUGCUGGAGGAAGAUGAAGAACUCUAUGGCGAUUUUGAAGAUUUGGAAACAGGGGAAGUACACAAGGGCAAACCAGAGUCUCAAGAUGAAGAGAGUGAAGGCGAGGAUGAAGAAGGUGAUGAGGAGGCAGGGGGCCAGGCUGCUCCUGCAGAGCAAGAAGAAAAGCAACGUCUGGAGAAGAAACGUAAGCUAAAGGAGCGGUUUGAUACGGAGUACGAUGAUGGGGAUCCUGAAGCUACAUAUUUUGAUGACCUGAAAGGAGAGAUGCAGAAGCAGGCAGAGCUGAACCGCGCUGAGUUUGAAGACCAGGAUGACGAAGUCCGCGUUCAGUAUGAAGGUUUUCGGCCUGGCAUGUACCUCCGCAUAGAAAUUGAAAAUAUGCCCUGUGAAUUUGUGGUGAACUUUGACCCUCAUUAUCCAAUGAUUUUAGGGGCACUGGGAAACAGUGAAGGAAAUGUUGGCUAUAUUCAGAUGAGGCUAAAGAAGCACCGAUGGCACAAAAGAAUUCUAAAGACAAAAGAUCCCCUCAUCUUUUCCCUGGGCUGGAGGCGAUUCCAAACUGUCCCCCUUUAUUACAUUGAAGACCACAAUGGACGCCACCGGCUUCUCAAGUACACGCCAGAACACAUGCACUGUGGAGCCACUAUAUGGGGGCCCAUCAUCCCCCAAGGAACUGGCUUUCUGGCUGUUCAGUCUGUUAGUACCACAACAGCAGAUUUUCGUAUAGCUGCUACCGGUGUUGUCCUAGAUCUGGACAAAUCUAUCACCGUGGUGAAGAAACUGAAAUUGAUAGGAUAUCCCUGCAAGAUUUAUAAAAAUACUGCUUUUAUUAAGGGGAUGUUCUCUUCUAUCCUUGAAGUGGCAAAAUUUGAAGGCGCCGCAGUCCGCACGGUGAGUGGUGUUCGAGGGCAGAUCAAAAAAGCCCUGCGGACCCCAGAGGGGGCUUUUAGAGCAACAUUUGAGGACAAGCUCCUAAUGAGUGAUAUUGUAUUUCUCCGCACCUGGUACCCAGUCACUGUGCCCACCUUUUAUAAUCCGGUCACCUCGCUGCUGAAACCUGUGGGGCAGAAAGAGACCUGGACAGGAAUGAAAACCAUUGGGCAGCUGAGGCAUGAGCUUGGCAUCAAACAGAAGCAACGGAAAGAUUCUCUGUACAAGCGGAUAGUGAGACAAGAAAGACACUUUAAUCCACUGCACAUUCCCAAAGCUCUGCAGAAAGCUCUUCCAUUUAAAAAUAAGCCCAAAAUGAUGGAGAAGAAGGGCAAGAUAACAAGAGACAAAGUGCGGCCAGCUGUAAUUAGAGAACCUCAUGAACGCAAGAUAAGUGCUCUCCUUGCUGCUUUGGGCACAGUAAAUAACUACAAGAAACAGAAGGCCAACACAAAACACAAAGCACAGAGGAAGGAUUUUAUGCACAGCAAGCAAAAGGAGGAGGAGGACAAACUGAAGAGGCAGAAGGAAGCCAGGAAAAAGCUUUUCCGUGCAAUCGGACAAAAAGAGAAGAAAAAACAGAAGUCAAGUCUCAAAGGCAGCAAAGAACUCAGCUGA